AUGGCUCCUCCACUGCCGCCGGCGUCUCGACGUUCCGGGCUCGGCCCUGCCUCAGGCAGCAUCGUGGAGAUGAUGCAGGUGGAGAGGGUGCAGCAAGGGGGAGCUCGAGGGGGGCCCCCCGCGACCCUGCACCCAUACCUACGUCUCCUGUCGGUGAUGGGAGGUGGAGGGGGGGGUGGAGGGGGGGGGCGCAGGACGUGGGGGGACGCGGUGACCCUGCGCAGCCUGCAAGUCCAGCCAGGGAGUCCCAGGGGCCAGCUCUGCUUCAAUGCCUCGGGCCUCAGGACACCCGGCACCGUUCUGAGAUUGGUCCUUCGAAGGCGCGUGCUGGAAUUCAAGAACGACCUGCAGGGCGAGGGCGACUUCCUCAGCGUCGGGGUGUCGGUGCUCAGCGUCCACCCGAGUCGACCACCCCACUGGCUCGACCGCUCCACCAUCAGCCUGGCCCGGCACUCGACCCGCGCGGCUCCCCGACACACCGCUGACGCUGGCUCCGGAUCAAAGACUGGACUCCAACAUAAACCCGGAACUGGACGUCAGCUAGGGGGAGGCUCCGAGUCAGAGGGUGGACUCCAAUCCGGACCGGGAGUCGAACCCACAGCAAAACCAGAACCCGGAUCGGAAGUGGAACGGAGGCCACGACUGGAAUUCGGUUUGCCUGUGGGACCCACCGGCAAACCGGAAUCUGGACUAGAACUGGAUCCACCGGGGGGGGUGGGACCCAAGCCACAACCAACACCCCGACCGGAAUCAAAACCCGGGUCGGACCCCGAUCCGGGAACGGGUCCCAUCUCAAAACCGGGGGCUCGAUCCGAAUCCGGUCCACGCCAGAGAGCGCCACCGCCGCCACCACCACCGCUGCCGCCGCCUGUCGCAAGUCCAAACCCCGGGCCUGGCGUUCGCCGGGAGCCGGAUCAGGACCGUGGUUUCGCUGGCGCGGCGCCGCCGCCGGCGGCCCCCUACGACGUGUUUGACGUGACGGCGGCGCUGAGCGGCGCUGGCGACCCCGCGUCCCUCUGCUUCUCGCUGCGCUUCAGCGACGAGGCGGGCAGCCUGGUGCUGCACCACGAGCUGGCGCGCAGCUUCUACGCCCUCGAGCACCGCGGCGGCGGCGACGGCGGCGCCAGCAUCGACAACGACGCCAACAACAACAACGCUAACAACAACGCUAACCACAACGCCGCGCCGCCGCUGCUGCUAGCGUACGUCGACUUGCCGGCCCGGUAG